GCUCCAGCGGCGGAGAAGGGAAUCUUACGGCGGGAGAGACUGGCCACUUCAAACUGAACCUGACGUUAUUGCGUUAUUAUCCCAGGUGCGAGUUAUAAGACCAGACAACUUCUUCAUUCUGUACUUUCCGCUCCAGAGAGCAACGUUCCACGAUGAACAGAGACCAGCCCCAAGAGUUCAAACCGGCAGAGAGUGAAAUGAUGGAUAUCAGCAGCAGUACGACAGACCAGAUACCACAGGAAGAGAGUGAGGUGGAGAAGAAGAAGGAGGCGGAAGAAAUGAGUUACGGGGCCCUGGAGAAUGCCUCAGUCAAUGAAAUGGAGUCUUCAUCUGAAUCCGCAGAUAAGGAACAGAUAACAGCUGGGAUCAUCGUGAAAACGGAGGAAGAGGAGACGUUCGAACAGAAGGGCGACGGCGGAGGAGGGGACGAGCUGAAGGACGAGCGGGGGGGCUUCGAUGCGCUGGAGGAGGAGGAGGAGGACGAUGAGGAGGAGGAGGAGGAGGAGGAGGAGCGGGAGCGAGAAGGGGAAGAGGGCGAAGAGGAGGAGGAGGACGAGGAGAGGGACGGCGACGAGGAGGGCGAUCCCCUCGACGAGCCGCAGGACCUCUCCCUGGCCGACUACGGCAAGUACGACAACCAGGCGGAGCCGACGGACGCGCGUCAUCCCGGCACCGCCGCCCCCCUCUACGGCGCGCCGGCGGCCGGCGCUUCUCCCCGCGGCCACACGGGCAGCAAGCUCUGCUGCGACAUCUGCGGCCUGUCGUGCGUCAGCAUCAACGUGCUGCUCGUGCACAAGCGCAGCCACACCGGCGAGCGUCCGUUCCACUGCACGCAAUGCGGCGCCUCCUUCACUCAGAAGGGAAACCUGCUACGCCACAUCAAACUGCAUUCUGGGGAGAAGCCCUUCAAGUGCCCCAUGUGCAGCUACGCUUGUCGCAGACGCGACGCCCUCAGCGGGCACCUGCGAACGCACUCUGUGGAGAAGCCCUACAAGUGCAACCACUGUGGUCGCAGUUAUAAGCAACGGAGCUCUCUGGAGGAGCACAGAGAGAGGUGCCACGUGUACAUCCAGAACAAAGGCCACACGGAACGAGCCUCCGAGGACGCCCACGCAUCCAGGACCCAGAUGGGCAGCGAGCGAGCUCUGCUGCUGGACAGGCUGGCCAGCAACGUGGCCAAGCGCAAGAGCUCCAUGCCACAGAAGUUCACCGGGGACAAUGGUGUGUGUCUGGACCUGAGCUUCAACAGGGAGCUGCUGCACCACCGCACCGAUGCCAUGGAUCCCCCUCCCCACUCUUCCCCGGGCCCAGACGCCCUCCACCACCACUCCUCCCUCCAUGCCGGCCAGGACUCUGGUGACCCCGCCCACAGGUCCUACCCGGUCCCUCUGGCUCUGACCAACGGCCACAAGUUGGAGCUCCCUCCCCCCGGGCUGUCCCACCUGACCCGUCCUGGGCAAGGCCACCUAGGACUGGACCCGCUCCACCCCGACAGCCUCUCCCAGCCUCUGUACAGCCUGGGCCACCUGCUGGGGGUGGCGAAUGCCCACAACGGCCUCCCGCUCCCCCACGGCCUGUCCAUGGCCCCCCCGGAGGCCCUGAGGGUGGUGAGGGGCGACGGGGAGGCCAUGGCGGGGGCCGUGUACCCCUGCGCCCACUGCAGGGUGAUCUUCCUGGACUACGUCAUGUUCACCAUCCACAUGGGUUGUCACGGUUUCCGCGACCCUCUGGAGUGCAACGUGUGCGGCCAUCGCAGCCGGGACCGUUACGAAUUCUCUUCCCACAUUGCCCGUGGUGAGCACCGCAUAGAGUUGAAGUAGUGUGCUCACACACACACAUAAGCACAUACACACUCUCCACUAGCAUACACACUCCAAAUGCACACACUCACUAGCAGUCCUAGGUAUAACCACAUACACGUUGACACACAUACACAGGCGUUUCAAAUGAGCACAUGUAAACAGAAAAAGGCACCUCAGGUAUUAGAAUUAUUUGUUUUUAUCUGUUUAUUUAUCCGUACUUACAAACGCAGCACACAACCAAAUGUAGCAUUUAAUGUGCUGAGUGAGGACUUAUACAACGUGUAUUUAUGUAAAAUACAUUUAUAACUGGGUAAAUGAUAUGAUGAAAAAUAUGUAUACAUGUUUUAUUCUGUUUUCAACUUUUUAAAUGUUUUCUUUUCAUGGUUUGUUGACGUGUUUUUCAUGUCCUUUGAAGAACAGCAAGUUGUAAACUGACUGUAUGCUGUCGACGUCUCCUGUCAACUGUACCAAGUGUGAAAAUAAACACAUCAUAUUA